GUCAUACUAAUUCCCUGUUAGGUACAACAGUAUGAAAAAUGCAUGGACUCACGAGGGGAAUCUUUCUUCUAAAUGAAAAGCGAUCAAUUGAUAGAUUGCUGAUGUGGUGUGCUGAAUAACUUUUUCUACACCUUCACUGGAUCUACAGAGCCGAACAUUUCAGUCAUCAUGAUAUACGUUAGAAGAGUUGGUCCCCUUGUGGUACACAGGAGACAGAGAGGCAAAAAAAAAUUGAAAUUUAUUUUCAUGAUGGCUGCCCUCAUAAUAUCCAUAAGCUUUGUCCUCAAGCUCCUGCAGAUGAAUCCUGAAUUAACUGUAUCAAAUUUAGUGGAAAGGUCAGUGGGGGGAGGAGUUUAUGUCCCGUGGAAACCUGAUAAUCACAAAAAUGAUGGUCCUAAAAGCAAAUGUGGCCUCCCAAAACCAUGUCCUGGAAAAGAUUUUGCCUUUAAGAUUUACAGCGGUGCAACAAACAUCAUUGGUCCACAAAUAUGCUUUGACGGAAAAAUGAUAAUAGAGAAAGACACACGUGGUAAUUGGCCAGGAAUUAAUAUUGCUGUUAUCAAUGAAAAAACAGGUGAACACGUCAACACUGGCAGCUUCAAUAUGUGGAACGGAAAGGUUGAGGAUUUGAUAGAGUUUCUGAAGUCAAUUGAGGAUGGUUCUCUUGUGUUGAUAGCCUCUUUUGAUGAUCCAGCCACAAAACUUAAUGAUGAAGCAAGGGCACUUAUUGCAGAUCUUGGCAGUUCAUAUAUUUCCAAAAUAAAAUUCAGAGAUAACUGGAUCUUUGUGGGAGGAAAGAAAACCAUAACCCAUGUCUCCUUUGAGACGCACAUGAAGAAUGAUAGGGAAACUAAUAAGUAUGAAAGCUGGCCAGAAAUGAUCGAGUUGGAAGGUUGCAUACCAAGAAUAGACUAAUUUUUUUUUUCCUGUAGCACAAUUUUUCUGCUAAAAGAACAUUUGCAUGUGUGUAUGAGUAAUUUUUAAACCUGUCUUCAGAAGCUAUUUAUUCGUCUUCAACAAUACAACAAGCUGACCCACAA